AUGUGUAGUUUAGCAAAGCGUGGGAACCUUUUCUUGCUAACACUUACAGGUGAUGGUGUGGACGAACAUCGCCUUAACUCUACCCUCAUAUCCUCUAUUCGGUCAGCUCUAUCAGAUGCCAGCUUCCACUCCACUCAUGGCUCAGUCUUGCUCACCAUUGCGCAGGGAAAGUUCUUCUGUAACGGCUUCGACUUCAACACAACCCAUACAAUCUUCCAACUGAACCAAGUCUAUAAGUGUUUGGUCGCGGAUUUCAUUUCCCUCCCUAUGCCGACAAUCGCGGUCGUUACAGGUCAUGCUAUUGGUGCGGGACUGGCGCUUGCGUUAUGCCAUGACUAUGUCUACAUGAGGCGUGAUCAUGGUUUGUUGAGUAUGAACGAGAUUCAUAAAGGGAUUAUGUUGCCUGACUAUGGGGUUGAGUUGAUAACCAAGGUGGUGAGGCGAGAAUCCCUGCGAGAUGUAUUGUUGCGAGGUGUAAAGGUGAAAGCGGAUGAGGCGGUAACGAUGGGGUUGGUUGAUAUUGCUUAUGAAGACCGUGAAAGUGCGGUGGAGGGUGGUUUGCGCAUGGGGGAGGAGUUAGCGAAGAUGAAGUGGAAUGGCGAGUUGUAUGCGCAGAUGCGAAAAGCUUUGUAUCCGGAGUUGUGUCGCGUGCUCGGGUUGGGUUUCAAGCCAAAGCUUUAA